AUGAUUGAAAACUGGGCCGCGAAUACUGAAAGGUUGAGAAACGCUGUCUUAAGUGAUAGAAAUGCAGCUUCUACAUCUUCGCAUUUCAAAAAAUUUCUUAAGCAUCAUAAAGUUAAACAACUUUUAACUACAGCGCAUAAGCCUGAAACUAAUGGCAAAGUAGAGAGAUUAGGACAAACAAUAAUCACGUGGCUAAAAUGCAAAAUUAAUGCAAAUUCUUCCAGGAUACCGUGGCCUAAAUUAUUAAAAGAAGUAGUUCAGGAAUAUAAUUUAACUCCUCACUCAGUUACGGAAUUCCCGCCGACAUAUUUAUUAAAUGGCAUAGUUCCAUAUGAAAAUCCUUUAAAAGAGGAUAUUUAUCUUCCACUUAACGAAGCUAGGAAAAUAGCUAUCGAAAACACAAAAAGAUACCACGAGAAAAAUAAAGUUUAUUACGAUUCUAGAUUUGUAGAUAUAAACUUUUCACCAGGUGACACAGUCAUGUAUGAAGAGUUUAAAUAUCCUAACACUAGAAAACUCUCUCCAACUUUUAGUGGUCCUUACAGCAUCAUUAAAAAGAUGUCUGAU